AAUACAAUAGAAUUAUAAAGCAGCUCCGAUAAAGAAAGGUGGUUAAUUCCUGGGAAUAAAAGAAAUUCAAAAGACAAAAAUAGACCGCCUUGCUCAAUAAUGGUACAAUGAUUGAUUUCCAAUUAUGAAAGGCUAAAAACUUAAGUGAAGUUUUUUAAUAUCUCCCAGACGAGCAAUAUUUUUUUUGAACAGGGAAGGUUUGGAAGAUGAAUUGGGGCAGUCCAACUGACACGACCAUCAUGGAGGAACAAUCCAACAACUGUGAACUUUCGGCGAAAGAGAGAAAUUGUGUUCAAAAAAACUCGCUACUUAGACAAACGAAUCAAAAGAUAAGUGCUUCUAUACAGAGUGAACACAAUCGAUUUGAAAGAAAAAUGGACUUGGAGGCUAAAAAGUUACGGAAAAAACUCACGAUGAUGAUUCAAAUUGCUAAACCAGUCACGAACAACGAUGCAGGAUCAUGCAGCCCUAGCAAAACAGAUUCGGUUGACGCUUCUAGCAAACUUAGGUUGCCAGCCAUAAAAAGCGAGAUCAAAUCAGCACCAUGUUCUCCAAUUUUAGGCCAUCGAAAGACAACUUUUUCGUGGGAAAAUGUCAGUUUAUCGCCACACUCCGGUUCGAAUCCGUUGCCGAUUCCUCGUCGGUGCUCAUACAACGAAAUCUUCUCUUCACCUCAAGGUUCACCCAUUUUAACUCGGCAAUCGAGUAAUUCUUUUUUGAAUCGAGAUCGUCCGUCAGAGUUGAUACAACUGUCGCCUCGCUCACCAGGAUUGGAAGAAAAUAACGGUAAGCUAUCACCAUCUUUGUUACCAAGAAAUCUCAAGUUGAGAGAACAAGCUCGUCGCGAUAGCCUUCUAAAGGCGACGCCGGGGAUGCAAUCACCUCAAGGUCCAUCACUAGAGGACCAAUUCAGAUCACUUGGAUCGUGUCGGUAUCUGCGUCGAGCUACUGUAGGUCAUGUAAAAGUCACAAUAGAUGAUGAAGAAAAGAAUACUGAACAUACCGUGGAAUUUUGUUAA